AGGAGGAAGGAGGGAGAGGCGGCGGUGCAGGAGGCCCGGAGGAGGGUGGCUCCGUCCGUGCGGGAAUUCAAGUACAACAAGAAGCGGGUUCGCCUCGUCUCGCAGGGCUCGGACCUGAAGGAUGAUGCUCGGUGCAUCCUUUAUUGGAUGUCCCGGGACCAGCGGGUGCAAGAUAACUGGGCUUUCCUCUAUGCCCAGCGCCUGGCCCUCAAACAGGAGCUGCCUCUGCACGUCUGCUUCUGCCUGGUGCCCAAAUUCCUGGAUGCCACCAUCCGCCAUUACGACUUCAUGCUGAGGGGCCUGCAGGAGGUGGCCAAGGAGUGUGCGGAGCUGAACAUCUCCUUCCACUUGCUGCUGGGCUACGCCAAGGAUGUGCUGCCUGCAUUUGUGGUGGAGCACGGCGUGGGUGGGCUAGUGACAGACUUCUGCCCCCUCCGCCUGCCCCGGCAGUGGGUGGAGGAUGUCAAGGAGCGGUUGCCAGAGGAUGUGCCAUUUGCUCAGGUUGAUGCCCACAACAUUGUGCCCUGCUGGGUGGCCUCCCCCAAGCAGGAGUACACCGCCUGGACCAUCCGCGGCAAGAUCCACGCUCAGCUCCCCGAGUUCCUCACCGAGUUCCCUCCCAUCAUUUGUCACCCGUAUCCCCCAUCCUGCCCAGCAGAGCCCAUCACCUGGGAGGCCUGUUACUCCAGCUUGCAGGUGGACCGCACCGUGAAGGAGGUGGAGUGGGCGACCCCCGGCACGGCUGCGGGGAUGGCUGUGCUGCAGUCCUUCAUCGCAGAGCGGCUGAAAUACUUCGGCUCCCACCGGAACGACCCCAACAAGGCGGCACUCAGCAACCUGUCCCCGUGGUUCCACUUCGGCCAGGUUUCCACCCAACGAGCCAUCCUGGAGGUGCAGAAACACCGGGACAAGUACAAGGAGUCAGUGGACACGUUCGUGGAGGAGGCUGUGGUGCGGCGGGAGCUGGCUGAAAACUUUUGCUACUACAACGAGAACUAUGACAGCGUGCAAGGUGCCUACAGCUGGGCACAAACCACCCUGAAGCUCCACGCCAAGGACAAGAGGCCUUUUCUCUACACGCUGGAGGAGCUGGAGCAGGGGACCACGCAUGACCCUCUCUGGAAUGCCGCCCAGCUCCAAAUGGUCCAGGAGGGCAAGAUGCACGGCUUCCUGCGGAUGUACUGGGCCAAGAAGAUCCUGGAGUGGACCCACUCCCCUGAGGAAGCCCUGCGCUUUGCCAUCUACCUCAAUGACCGCUACGAGCUGGACGGGGGGGACCCCAACGGU